AUGCUUUUUUUUUUUUCCUGGAAACAGAGAUAGCGGCUGGGGUGGCGAUGGAAAGCUAAAAGCUGUUCAUCCCGCCGUGCGCCUCGCUGGCGCGUCUCUGCUCUGCUGUGCGCUGCUGGGCUGGGUUGGGCAGGACUGGGCAGGACUGGGCAGGACUGGGCUGGACUGGUCAGGACUGAUGCAGGCUGGCCGAGCGUGUGCAUCCUUCCAAUAGCCCCUCUGCGUCCUCCGGGCCCUUGGGAGGAGGCCCCUCUUGCACCGGUGAGGCUGGGGGUGGGGGGCGUCCAAAGCACCGUCCCUAUCUAUCGGUCGGCCAUCCAGUCCGGGCCGGGGGCAUUGCAUCCUGCCCCCCUGAUCCUCCGGAGCCGCAGAUCUCUCUUUCUGGCUCCCUCCCUCCCCCUCUCCCUCCCCGGGGCUUUUUCACCUGCAGGAUUUGAAUCUGGGUGAUGGGAGAGCCCCUGCUGCUCUCCGACCCACUGACAAAUGAGAAGCCCUGCAACAUCACCUCCCGCCGCCUGAGCCUCAGGUAAUCAGGAAGCAACAGCAGCUCCUGACACAAUGGCGCAGCCUUACGCCUCUGCCCAGUUUGCCCCCCCUCAGAAUGGUAUCCCAGCAGAGUACACGGCUCCUCAUCCCCACCCCGCUCCAGAGUACACAGGCCAGACGACAGUCCCAGAGCACACGUUAAACAUGUACCCUCCUGCGCAGACACACUCUGAACAAAGUGCCACGGACACAAGCGCUCAGACCGUCUCUGGCACAGCCACACAGACAGACGAUGCAGCACAGACCGACGGUCAGCACCAGACACAAUCUUCUGAAAACACAGAAAAUAAAUCACAGCCAAAGCGGCUUCACGUCUCUAAUAUUCCCUUCAGAUUCCGGGAUCCAGACCUCAGACAAAUGUUUGGUCAAUUUGGUAAAAUCUUAGAUGUUGAAAUUAUUUUUAAUGAGCGGGGCUCAAAGGGAUUUGGUUUCGUAACUUUCGAAAAUAGUGCCGAUGCGGACAGGGCGAGGGAGAAAUUACACGGCACCGUGGUAGAGGGCCGUAAAAUCGAGGUGAAUAAUGCUACAGCACGUGUAAUGACAAACAAAAAGACAGUCAACCCUUAUACAAAUGGCUGGAAAUUGAAUCCAGUUGUGGGUGCCGUUUAUAGUCCAGAGUUCUAUGCAGGCACGGUGCUGUUGUGCCAGGCAAACCAGGAAGGAUCUUCCGUGUACAGUGCCCCCAGUUCACUAGUAUACACUUCCACAAUGCCCGGCUUCCCUUAUCCGGCUGCAACUGCUGCUGCUGCCUACAGAGGAGCCCACCUCAGAGGCCGUGGUCGCGCAGUCUACAAUACAUUUCGGGCAGCCGCUCCCCCUCCCCCGAUCCCAGCCUAUGGCGGAGUAGUGUAUCAAGAGCCUGUGUAUGGCAAUAAAUUACUGCAGGGUGGUUAUGCUGCCUACAGGUAUGCCCAACCUGCCACUGCCACUGCAGCUGCCUACAGUGACAGUUACGGACGAGUUUAUGCUGCCGACCCCUACCACCACACACUUGCUCCAGCCCCCACCUACGGCGUUGGUGCCAUGAAUGCUUUUGCACCCUUGACUGAUGCCAAGACUAGGAGCCAUGCUGAUGAUGUGGGUCUCGUUCUUUCUUCAUUACAGGCUAGUAUAUACCGAGGGGGAUACAGCCGUUUUGCUCCAUACUAAAUGACAAAACCAUAAAAACCUUCCAAUGUGGGGAAAAAGGAAGCUUUCCGAGGCCCGGGUAUUGCAAUACAUGCAGUAGUGCAUCAUUUUAGCGACUCUAAAGAGAGGAGAAAUUACAUUUUUUAUCUUAUACCUCAGAUAUUUUGUUCUGUGUAUUUUAAUAUUGUGGGUCUUUAAUUUCUGAAGGUUAUGUAGUUUGAUUGUUGGCUGUAGACGUUUUUGUGGUUGAUCUAGAAAGCUGCUAGAUAUGAAUAAAAACUGUUUUAGGGCCACAAUCAAGAGUGCUAUAUCAUGUAAAUGAAUUAUAUAUGCUGAAUAUUAAGCUAUUGGGGUUAUCACAUGUUUUGUAAGAGUGUAAGUGACUAUAGUAGUCAUUUUUUCUGCAUCUACAUUGAUUUGCGUUUAUGAGAGGGGAGGGGCGGGAGGGACCUGGGGGUACGGGAACGGGGUUUGGCUAAAAACUACGAAUUAAUACAUCAAUGAAGCUAAAACGGGCCCCACUGCACCAACUAUCAUGUAUCAACUGUCGUAAAUUACUCACUGUUUGUUCAAAGCCAAAGGUUAUGUUGUUAGGAGGGGGUGCUUCUUGUGACACUUGUACAUACAAUCUGAUGGAAGCUGUCCAAGCCCACCCUUUUAAGGCAUUCCACCAGGCAGUAUUCAGCUAUUUAACCAUAACUAGUUAUUUAGGCAACAAAAAAAAAUGAAAAAAAAAACCCUGCUAGUUAGGCCAUUAACAAGCAUUCUUUUUAUAUUUCUUCCAGUAUAAUAAAUUAUUGAUAUCAUUGCUGACUUUUAUAUUAUGGGAGGGAAAACAUUAAUAAAAGGUGAUAAAAGCACUGUUUCUAUUUUUUUCUUUUUUUCCAAAAAAGAAAGUAAUAAAAACUUAAAUUCUUUGUACCAGUUAAAAAAAAUGUAUAAAAUUUACACAUCUGUGCAGUGGAGUUGUUAAGUUCUAGAAAUACACAGCCUAUGAUGCUUUAGAUUUAGCCCAGUAGAACAACUGUUAGAGACAGACGUAUCAUUUUUAUGGAAUUACAUGAUAAUCAUAAUCAGAUUUAUAUAAGCAUUUUACAAGUAUUGCAGUCAUUGAGUAGGUAAUCAUGGUAUUUUCAUCAGCUUGGUACUUUUUGAAACAUGACCGUGUCGUGUAAACAAUCUGCAAUUUUUCAAUCCGUGACGGCCUGCCCCUCCUCACCCCUCACGCUCCCCCUCCGGCCCCCCCACCCCCAUUCAUUUUCCAGCCAGGACUUUUAGUUAUCUCAUCAGGCCCAGGACAACUUUCUGCCUGGAGCCAAAGAAGGACCUCCUCCUUGCAAAACAAUGAAUGUGAAUGUCAUAUUAUCUGGGCACUGGGAAGCUCACACAUCCAACUGAUGGAAGGUGCCUCUCUGGCAGAUUCAGGCGCAGUUGAAAAAUUGCAGUUUGUCUGUGCAUAUGUUUGGACUCUUUCCAUGUUGUCCUGUUUACAAGUUAACCUAAGUUGGGGUGUUUGUCACGGGUCUUCCUGUUUUUGUAUUUAAAUAAGUAAAGCAGGAAACUGCCCUGGUCACAGUUUUCCUGCAGAUAGUUAUAUCCUCAUGUGUAACGGGCAUGUCCCAUGGCGUGCCCUUUAGUAAGUUAUCAACUCACCGCUGUGAACCUGCCAACUUGCUAUAACAACUCUGCUUUAAAAACAAAGUGUUUGUGAUCCGGCUUCCUCUUUGUCAUCGUAUGUGCAUGCAAUAUGAUCAGUUGGACAAUAACCAUCAAUAAAGUUUCACAAGAUUUGAAAACCAAGUUUCUGUAGCAUUGAUAUCUAAGACUGAAAAUAGACUAUCUUUAAGAGAAACAAAAGAGCGAGAAAAUCUGUCAAUCAGCAAAAAUGGCACAGUAGCGUUUGUUUCCACCAGUGGGGGGAAUAAUGUGUAAUUUAUAAGACAUGCUCGUUCCCUCACCCUGCAAGAACUAAUGUGUAAAGAGAGAAACAGCCUAUCUAUAUGAUAUUUUUUAGAAAUUACAUUUAUUGAAGCACUGAGGCUUUUCACCGUGGCGGGGGGAGGGGGGAGCGGGGGUGGGCAAAAAAAAAAAAUGUUUUCUAAAUGAAAAGCCGCAGACAGAAAGUGUGGGAAUGACAUUGUUUUUAGAAUCACACAUAGAAUUCUCAAGAUGUUGGUGAUAGCAAAAUUUAUUUGCAAUUUUGAUUUCCAUUGAUGAGAUGUACUUACCCCUGUGAUUGUAUGGAGUUUAAAUGAAAUUCUUGAGGGAUGUGGGAGCCAACCGAGGACACAGAGUAUUUUGUUUAGAAAGCUCCAACAACACUCCAAUAAGUCAUUUUAAAAUGUAUGUCUGAGAUGUAAGAAAAGGGUCUGGAAUUUUUUUUUUACAGUAUAUAUUGGGAAUGUUUUCACUUAUAUAAAUAACUACUGAUAUUAUAAAUUAUGGAAAAAAUGAUUAAUACCAUGUGUGGAAUAUAGUGACUUCUAAACACAAAAAAAAAUCUGCAAACCCAGAAAAUGUGUAUAUCUGUCUUUAGAAAUUAGUGUUUAUAUCACUACAGUGGUUUGUGAAUAAAGAAAACUGGUUUGUAAUAUUAAAAAAAUAAAAGCUUAGUCUGAAAAGGUAUAUAUAUAA